UUUGACAAUUGAAAUAAACAAAACAAUACUUGUGUUUCACCAACGUUUUGCUUUUUGCGUCUUCACAUUUGUUUAUAAAAACUUAAUACAACAAAUAAUUUCAAUUUACAAUGGAUGUGGAAAUCAAACAACAAUUCGAGGAGAUGGGUGUAGAGGUCAGCGAAGAUGUUAUCACUAAAUCACUGGAACUAUGCGUUAGCUAUCGCGUGGAUGACGCUGCUGAAUUCGUGGAACAGUGGUUGGCUUUUAGUAUUUCUAAUUUACAUGGUGCCGAGCCGACAACAGAGAAUUUGUUAGAAUUUGAACGAAAAGUGUUUCAGGUAAAGCGUGACAAAGAGUUGGCACAAUCAAAUCGCAAACGCGUCAGUUAUGCUACGUCAAGCGCAAAUACAAUAUACGCACCACCCGUGGAAGCAAACCCACUCGCUAUAUAUGGCGUCGAUGAUAGUGCUGUAAUUGAGGAUUAUGAUGUGGCCGGUGUUGAUGGAAGUAGCAUUGGCCAAGAAGGUGUUAAUGAAGAUGAAAUGUUGGGCUCAUAUAAUGUUUGUCAUACACCAAAGCCGAAGGCUAGGAAUGCUUUGGCCAGAACACCUGCUCGCCACAGCGAUGCACUACUCUUCAGUCCGGCAAGUUAUUCGCCAAUCUCUGGCACACCACGCUCCCACACUGCCUUAGCGGGCUCCGGCAAGAUCGUUUACACUUUUGGCAAUCCAACGCUUAUCGGCACCGCAAAAUGGGCAUCCGCAAAGCAAAAGAAAAUCGACGUAAAACAAUUGCUGCGCCAUAAAGGUGCAACACUCGAUGAGCCGAAAUCCAAUUACAUGUACGACUGUUUGCGCGAGAGGUGUGAUAUCGCAGCUGAUCGCAUUUUUCACAUUGGCAAAGAUUUGUGUAAAAAGGUGUUUGGCGCGAAUGCGGACGAUUAUGAGCUGAGUCAAGUGGACGAACAUUCACAGGAAUUGACAAAGACAAUCGGCACUAUUUGCUGUGAUCAUGAAGGUCCAUUAGAUCCCUCUUCAACCAUGUUAGCCGGCUCUGAUGAGGCUCGCUGCCUAACUGUACGCUUGAAUUUCUCAAAAGCUAAAUCGGCUGCAGUUUUCCCCGGUCAAAUAGCGAUUGUAUCGGGUAAAAAUCCCAAAGGCGAUACAUUUAUUGUGGAUGAAGUAUUCACUGAACGUCAACUAAGUCCACCCACAACGCCAAGUCUUACGGAUCCACUGAGUUUUGUUAUUGCUGCGGGUCCCUACACGAAUGACGAUGAUCUUGCUUAUGAACCAUUACAAGAUUUGAUUGUAUACCUAAAAGAUCACAAGCCAGAUGUACUGGUAUUGACUGGCCCAUUUUUGGAUGCAGAACACAAGUUGAUCAGCGAAAAUCUAACAUUGGCCGAAUCUUUUGAAUCAUUUUUUGAAAAGAUGAUAACGAGCAUUGUGGAAGCUAUUGGUACAAUGACUAAGAUUCUAAUUGUCACUUCACAUAAAGAUGCCAAUGCCGACCCUGUUUAUCCCACUAUGUCCGUGCCUUUGCGGAAAUCCUAUCCGAAUGUGCACGUCUUGCCAGAUCCGUCGAUGAUCGAUUUGAAUGGAAUCGUUAUGGGCAUGACAACAACCGAUAUAGUGCAGCAUAUAAUUUCGCAUGAGUUGGCUUUCAAUGCUGGCGAUAAAGUAAAGCGUGUCGUCAAUCAUCUCUUCCAUCAAGGCUCAUUUUAUCCUUUACAACCACCGGCGUGCGAUGAAAUGAGUUUUGAUAGCUUUUUGGCUGCAAGAUAUGCUAAAAUUGAACAAAUACCAAACAUACUGAUACUGCCGAGUGAUCAGAAGUGCUUCAUACGGGUUGUUAACGGUUGUUUGGCUAUAAAUCCCGGACGUUUGGCCGAUAAUAAUGGCGGCACAUUCGCACGUUUUGUUAUAUCGCCGCCAGCAAACGAGAGUGAGGAAAAUAUCCACAACUUUGUUGCCUGUCAAAUACGAAAAGUGUGAACUGCCUAAAUGAUAGUUUUAACUGUACAAUGUUUUUUUUUUUCAUAAAAAAUGCACUUUUAUUUUUCAUCAUCAAUUUGUUGUAAUACAAAACAGCAAUGUUCAUGAAAAAUGUUUGCUUAAUUACAAUUGAAAAUCAUCAUACAUUUAUCAAUAUUGCUUCAAUAUACUACACUUUUCGGAAAAGUAAUAAC